AUGGUUCACUCCCUGAGCCCCUGCACCGACGGCAGCCCCUCCCCCUGCGGCGUGGCCGUGCCCCAGCCCGUGGCCGACUCCUGCAACGAGCCCUGCGUCCGACAGUGCCCGGACUCCACCGUGGUCAUUUACCCUCCUCCGGUGGUGGUCACCUUCCCCGGGCCCAUCCUCAGCACCUUCCCCCAGCAGAGCACCGUGGGCUCCGUGGGAGUGCCCGAAGUCGGAGCCGGCGCCGGGGGCAGCGCCGGCUACGGGGGCCUCUACGGCUACCGGGGCUAUGACUGCGGGAGCCCCUGCAGCUACCGCGGCUACGGGAGCCUCUACGGCUCCCGCGGCCUCUAUGGCCUUGGGGACCGCUACGGCUACGGGAGCCUCUACGGCUACCGGGGCAUCUUCGACUCUGGGGACUGCUACGGCUCCAGGGGGCUCUAUGGGGGCUACCGGGGCCUCUAUGGCUAUGGGGACUGCUAUGGAUACCCCGGGUUCUACUCCAGCCGCUACGGGUUCCCCUUCGGCUCCCGCUACGGCAGAAGGUUCAGCUUCGGGGGCUGCUACUAA